AUGGACACGGUGAAUGUCUCCGAGCUGGUCGCCCGACUGGGUGCGGAGGAGGAGUCGGUGCGCAAAAUGGCAGUCUUCAAGCUGCAGAAUGCCAUUGGCGACCCGUCAUUUGCCGACGUCUUCAUCUACGAGGGCGGCCUCCCCAAGCUGCGCUUCCUGGCGCUGCAUGCCACGGGCAACACGCUGGCAUACUGCCUGACGUCCUUGUCGCGCCUGCUGGAGCUGGACAAGGGCUGGGACCAUGUCACGGAUGACCUCAUCGUGAGAAUUGUCGACCUCGUAGUUGCGCAGCCGCUCGUUAACGUCAAUCGCGGCGCCAUGUCGGUCCUGGCUGCCAUUGUCGGCCAUCCCUCCCACCGCAACUCCCAGCCGGGUGUCACUGGCUUCCAGCGACUGAAGCCGGCAGUCGACACCCAGCCCCAGUUCCUCCCCUCUCUGGUCGAGAAGAUCACCUCGGCCGACCAUGCAUUAUGCGCCAACUCGCUCCAGCUCAUCAAUGCCCUCAUGCGCGACGCCAUCGCCAACGACGCAGACUUUGAGUGGCCCAAGUUCAUCAAACAGCUGCAAGAGCUGGGCGUAAUCAAGAGCGUCUACAUGCUCAUGCAGAGCUCAGCAAUACAGGACCUGGCCCAUCCGUUGUUGGACUUCCAGUCACUGACUAAAAUCUUGCUUCGGAACUGGAGAGAGGAGAAGGUCGAUCUCGACAAGACGGAACAUCGGAGGGCUAUUCGAGGCCUUCACACCGCAAGCAUAACGGAUGCACCGAGUGCGGAUACCAAGGAGAGCAAGAAGCAGAACCCAGAGAAGUGGAGGCGUUUAGGCUUCGACACCGAGUCGCCCGCAUGGGAGUUUGAUGCAACUGGUUUCCUGGGUCUGAUGGAUCUCACAGACUUUGUCUACAAAAAUGAGGAUGGGUUCCAGAAGCUGUUAUUGGAGCAGUCCGCGGAGCCAACAGAACAGCGAUGUCCCAUUGCGCGCGCGAGUCUGUCUGCGACGUUGAUUCUCUACGAGCAUUUUGAGGUGGACAAGUUGGAUGACGUUGAGUCGCACAGAUAUACGGCGCUUGAGUCCCGCGCGAACUUUGACCGAGCGUUCAAGCCUCUUCUGCUGCAUUGGUCAAGAUUGCACACAAGCGGAUUAAAUGCAUUCAUACGACUGUGGAAAGUGUCUGGCGCCCAAGUAGAAGAUUAUGACAAAAUAGAGGAGCUGGUCCGAAUACUGAUAGAACAGGUCGUCGGACAAGCGCCGCGCACCAAGGAUAUCAAGGCCGUGGAGGAGGAAUUGGCAGAGUUCGAGCUGAAGCGCCUCAGACAACUGCAGAUGGAGUUACUCGAGCUCACGUAUGAGGAUGCAUGGGGCCACCACCUGCGGUACGCUCACAAAUCUCCUCCCCGUUCCACUGACACUGACCCCACCAGGCAAGUGCGCGAUGAGCUCAACCACGAGGCGCUGCAAUUUGUCAAGGAGCAACGUAUUAGAUGCUUGCUCCAAGGUGCAUGGUUCCCCAUCGGUGUCGAUUAUGGUUCCAAUGCCGGCCCAGUGACGAGCAAGACGCUCAGUCGUUCGGUCCCUUCAGCGUGGCGCUUUGUCCGACUGUCACACAACCGAAGAUAUCUCCACUACGCUGACUUUGACGAGAAGACAGCUGCGGAGCCCAGGCUAGACUCCCUGCAAGAGAAAAUCGAUCUUUCAAUUGUGUCUUCGGUCGUGAGUAAUGUCUCGGCAUCGGCACCUUCCACGUCGUCUUCUGAUAGCACCGUCACAACCCUGCCUGGCAAUGAACGCGCCUCUACCUCGACCAAGAUCACAAUACAUGGCUACUUACCCCAGACCAAUCACUCGCGUCAGACAUCCGCCGGCUCAGGCGCUGGGCGGAAAGAAUCCGUACUCCUACAACUGCACCCCCAGAGCCAUGCUCUUGCAUCGGAGUGGCUCGAUGGACUGCUUAUGCUGCUCAAUCAGCAACCAAUCACAGCAGAUACGAACAAGCUAGUGACGUUUAUUGGCGGCUAUGGGCUGAAGAUACGCCUGUUGAAUGUUCGCUUUGAGGACGUGGGGCUGGAGGAGCCGAUACUGCCUAGUAGAGAGGGACUGGACGAAGAGUUUUAUUACGAAAUCGCUGGAGGGUAAGAUGACUGCAGACGUUGAUCUCGCCGCGGAAGCAAUGUAGUCUUCCUUCCACGCAGCGUUCAGCUAUUCUGACUCGUUCUUGUGUCACGGCAAUGCGGGCAGAGUCAACCCAACUGGGCCAAUGCGACUAUGUUUGGGCAGCGGAGGAAUACCGUAUCUUGUGCUUGGAUUAAUCGGUGCCAGCAGGGCGGCGCAUGGGCGCGAUUUUUAGAUGUAUUCUUGAGAUACCCUUGCUUCUACCGCAUCAAUCAGAAGAUAGUAUUCUGUA